AUGGCUCAACGUAAUCCUCCGAACCUGGUUAAUCCACCUGCAGCUUGUGAAGAUAACAUAAAUCGAUCCCUUAAUAUUUUAUUUAAAUUACCUAGCAAUUCGGCCUCAUUCAUUAACCCUAGUCUUAAAUUAAUUGAACCUUUAACUAGUAAAGCAUCACGUUCUAUUUCACCUAUUACUAUUCCUCCUGUUAAUCAAAAUAAUAGUAACUGUUAUAAUACCCAAAUUAAUAAUAUAGUUUUCACAAAACUUGAUAAUAAUACUUUACUCUCAACUCCUGUAGUAUCUGAGCUCUUUGAAGAAUUAAGGCAUUAUACGUCUCAACUUAAAACCCAAUUGGGUUGCUUCUCUAAUACUUUAAAAAAUUUAAACUUUAUUCCUAGUAAUUCAUCUACUUCAUCUUUAGUUGUAAUUCCAGAAAAAACUUUCCUUGACAUUCUUCAACCCUUACCUUUAAACUAUAUUCAUAAAGAAAUACCUUUAUAUUUACCCAAUUCAAAUAAUCCUCUUCCUUUAGUUUAUUAUGACACAAUGACUUCUAGUAGCGAUGCCUCACCUUUUCAUAAUAAAAAUUCACUUAAUAAUAUGCAUGUUACUAGCCCUUCUAAUAACCAACAACAAUUUUUAACUAAUACUAACCCUAUUAAGAAAAGAAAAAUUCCAAAGUAUAAGUAUAAUGAGAACAAUUCUGAUGCCGAUAGUGAAAUCAACAAAAUUCAAAGACUGACUAAGCUAAAGAAAGAAAAACUUAAGUCUCCUUUCACUAAGUGCUUAUACAACUUGACUGGAAAUGCUUAUUUUCGGGAAGAGAAAAUUAAGCUGGACCUUCGUGGUUAUAUCUGA